UGUGCGCCCGCCGCGCUCCCCUGCCGCGCUCCCCGCUGCCGCCGCCGCCGCCGCGCCCCCACGCUCCGUGCCGCGCGCCCGCCGCGUCCUGGCAGCCAUGGCCGGGCUCGUGGUCAGUGGAACUCAAGUGUCCUACAUAGGCCAGGACUGCAGAGAAAUUCCAGAGCACCUUGGCAGGGACUGUGGACAUUUCGCAAAGAGGCUUGAUCUGAGCUUUAACCUUCUGAGGUCACUGGAAGGACUGAGCGCAUUCAGGAGCCUGGAGGAACUCAUCUUGGACAACAAUCAGCUAGGGGACGACCUUGUGUUGCCAGGGUUACCCAGACUGCAUACCUUAACCCUCAACAAGAACCGAAUCACUGAUUUGGAGUACCUGCUGGAUCACUUGGCAGAAGUGACACCAGCUCUGGAGUACCUCAGUCUGCUGGGCAACGUGGCCUGUCCCAACGAACUGGUCAGCUUGGAAAAGGAUGAGGAAGACUACAAGAGAUACAGAUGCUUUGUUCUGUACAAGCUGCCCAACUUGAAAUUUCUGGAUGCCCAGAAAGUAACCAGACAAGAACGAGAGGAGGCAUUGGUCAGAGGAGCCUUCAUGAAGGUGGUGAAGCCCAAGGCUUCCAGUGAGGACAUUGCCGGCUCCCCGAAGCUCCACUACACGCCCUUGCCUUCUGCUUCCAGGGAACUCACCAGUCACCAAGGGGAUGCAUUCCAAGAUCCCAGUGGAUGCCUGAAACCAUGGAGAGUACUGAACCCUAUGUAUACUGUAACAUUUUUUUUUCAUGUACAUUUAUACCUGUGGUAAAGUUUAAUGUAAUUAUUAGGCAUGGUAAGAGAUAAUGAUAACUGAUAGUAAAAUACAGCAAUUAUAAGAAUAUUACAGCAUCACUACUCUUGCACUUUGGGGCCAUUAUUAAGUAAAAUAGGGUUGCUCGAACACAACCACCGCCAUACCACAACAGCCAAUCUAAUAGCUGAGACAGCUUCUAGAUGACUAAGCGGCCGAUUCUAUAUACAGAAUGGACACACUGGACAUAGCAAUGACUCACAUUCUGGGCAGGAUGGAACAAGACAGUGUGAGAUUUUAUCAUGCUACUCAGAAUGGCAUGCAAUUUCAAACGUAUGGAUUGUUUAUUUCUGGAAUUUUCUAUUUAAUAUUUUCGGACUCUAGUUGACUUUAGUGGGUAACUAAAACCAUGCAGAAAGCAGAUAAGGGGGGACUAUUGUAUGUAUACAUGUUGUUGUUGCUGCUGUUUCUAUUAUUAUUAUUAUCAAUAGUGUUGGUAUUUUUGUCUUAAAAAUAUAUCUCCUGAAAGUAGAGUGCCUUCACUGAAAGAAGUGGUUGUGGAUGGAAUCAGGGACAGGGGAGGUGGAAGGACCUGCCCCUGUUGCAGGUCAGAUGGGAGGAUAUUCUUAGACAUGCCACUCAUUACCCUUCAAAUCCCACUUUGAUGUGGGCCAUAUCCACUUUUAGUAAACUCAUUUGCCCCAAAUGAAGCAGCUUUUGAAGAUCAAACAAGAAAACUGGAUUCUUUGAGUAUAUCCAGCUUGAGUACUUCCAUGUCCAAAAUGCCUUUCUUUCCUGUCUACAGAUUCACCUCUAGGAGAGAAGGAAAGAGGUUUGGAGACUUCCUUUGGUUCUAGCGGCUCUUAUCAGAGUCUCAAUGUAGAUUCAAGAGGAGUGAUUGGUAUACUGUAAACGCUUUAGAGGAUCUGAAAUAGAUUAGAGAAACCUAUUCCAGAGGACAAAGGCAGGACAAGAGGGAAUCAUUAAUCUCAUGGACAUUACAUUCCCUAAGAACUUUUUUUGGGAAUGACCAGAAACAUGCCAGGCCAUGUGCUGUCCAUUUGCAGUUCUUUGAGCUGUGGACUUGUGUGCAUGUGUGUGAUAGAUUGAGGCCAGUGUCGUUGCCUCAUUUGCAAUGGUUCUUAAACUUGAAAAGGAACUGAAAGGUUGACACAUGCAUGCAGAGUCAAUGCAGAUGAUUCGACUGAAGUAGUCCUGACAAAUACCAGGGCUCUCCACAUUGUCAGGAACAGUCUGAUGAUGACACGUUCGAAGCUCUGCAGACUGGCUUGCAUCUUAGUAAAUGUGUAUGAUCAGGGGAGACAUAGUUAUGCCGUGGAGAGUUCUGAGAUGUGAAGAGAACAAGUUAAUUGUUCAGCCUCAGCUGAGACCUUUCACUCAAGUCAUUAAUCACAGUGCACAGUCUGGAGUCUUGGCUCUGAAGUUCGAUUCUUUAGGCUGCUUUCCUGCUCCAGAUGAAAGCUCAUUCCAGGUGCUGGCCAUUUGUGUUUUCCUCCAGCCAGGCUGAUUUAUGGACCUGGAGAUGUUUUCUGGUUUUUCCAAAUUCUGUUCCAUUACUUUGUAAUGAGGGGGGACAUGUGAUUUCUGGCUUUUUGCAGAUCCUCAGUUUUAACAUCCCUAAUACCAAAGAUUUUUAAAAUUCGUCUGUGGUCUGCCUUCUGUGAUCUGGAGAAUAGAAAUGCUGUUCUGUGUUUUGAGUAUUAAAGUUAAGACGUAGGGACUCUUAUUUCUUUCCCCUUGGGCUGGAGUUGAAGUUGCAAGGGACGGGCAGGAACCUCUGUUCCUGCCUUCACCAUCCCAAUGCAAAUUAAGUCUUGGGAAGCUCUAGUGACAACAACUCACUGCAGGUGUUGGAGAUAUCACCGUCCCAUGCGAAUGCUUAUGGCUCAGGGUAUAAUAUUAAAGGCCUUUCACACUUGGGCUAGGUCUCCGGUGACAGUGUAAGGCAAUAUUGAAGUUUUCAAAAGAGAAUCUGAGUGUCAAAGGAGGACAUUGUGAUAUGGAGGCUGAACAGGGUGCUGUCAAGUGUUACCUGUUUGACUGAAAGGUAAACCAGAUCUGAGUUGAUAUAGGGCAACAGAUCCCCUGGGAGUUUUCCCAGGAAGAUAGAAGUGUGUCACAGGAAAGUAAUUGGAAGUUGAUAUUUGGCAUAUCUCUGGGUUACUUUUUAUUCCAGAUAAUACCAAGAGUCACUUGGUAUUGGCCAAGAAUCGUUAGUGACUUAUACAUCAAAUCCCACAACCCAUUGCUGAAAUACAAUCUUCUCUUCGUUGACAGUAGCCGGCUGCUUCCUGGUCCUCUGCUUCCUAACUAGUACUUUAUGUUAGAGGCCCAUGGCCCUGGUUUAGGUGAAAUGCAUGGUAAAAAUAGAAAUUCAAUCUUAUAAAAAACCUGUCUAUACUUUUUAAAAGUUGAUAUAUAAUCUUUGUACGUAUUUAUGGAGUGCGCGUGGUAUUUUGAUACAUUCAUAUAAUGUGUAAUGAUUAAAUCAGGGUGUUUGUGAUAAAUCACCUCCAACGUGUAUCAUUUCUGUGUGUUAGGAACAUUUCAAAUCUUCUAGCUGUUUUGAGAUAUAAAAUAAAUUAUUUUUAGCUAUAGUCAUAAUUGUGCGGUUGAACAUGAUGUCUUCUAUCUAACUAAAUGUUUGUGCCCAUUAACCAGCCUCUCUUCAUGCCCCUGCACCACACCAAUUCUACCUUUUGAUAAUUCUCUGAAAUAAAAUUUUCACUGUCAGUGCUGUCCUUAAAAUUCAACUCAACUCAACAGGUACUUGUUCAGAGCCUCCUAUAGGCUUUAUGUUGUGUUGUGUGCCAUGGGACCUAUAAAAUAAGAAUGAGACAUGACCUUUGCCCUUGAAAAGCUUAUGAGCUCAUAGGAAGGAUGAUGUGCUUAUGAAAAACAUUUUACAUGGCAAGAUAAGCUAUCGUGUAUGUGACAAAGUGACUAGAAUCGGGAAUAAGUGCAACAGAGAGUCAGAAAAAUGAGAGUAGGUUGUACUGGAAUUGUCAGAGAAGACUUUAUGGAUGAGGUGGGACAAAGACACCAAUAUCCUAAACCCAGAACUCUCCCUUAAAGAAAUUGUAAGAAGCACAGCAUCAGGUUACCAAGAAAUUGUGGAGCCCUUUUAAGUGAAAGUAAAUUUGUUCAAUAUGAGAAUGGAUUAAUUUAGUUCAACAAAUAUUUAUUGAGUACAUGCUAUGUGCCAACAACUAUAUCUGAUGUGAUCAAGGACGAAUAAUGAGUACAAAGGGGACGUGUGUGUAUUCUCAGAUGCUAACUUCUCUCACAUAGGUGUUUAAAGUUAUUCCUGGUCUGUUGAUUCCAAAGUCUGUGAUUUUUACCAUUCACCGUUCAACCUCUCAAAAAGACUUUCUCAUCCAAGAUAUAUUUGGGUUGAGGAGCUGAGUCUAAUUUUUUGUGUGGUGGAAAAAUGGCAUGUCUAACUUCAUAAGUUGUACGAAGUAUAAAGAGUUGCAUGCACACUGAUUGUGAAAGAAAGGGACAUUGAAUUAGCAUUGAAUGUGGGCCUAAAUUAUUGGGUUAGGGAGUAUUUGGAAUAGUGUUAGAAAAGCCUGAACGUGGCCCACAUUCAGGGCUAUAAGUAAAGCCCAAGUUCUCUAUAGAUCAAGCUUUUCUUGGAACUUGUAUCAUGCCCCUUGACAGCUGAUUUGGAAACCCAAUUAGAAAGGCCUCCCAUCAUUAAAGGUGAGACAGUUUUGCACUGAGCUUUG